CUUUAUUCUCCUAACAUCAAAAUUCGAAUUAUCAUGGACAUUGGAAAUUCAACCAAGAGAAAUCAACAAAAAGUCAGGCUAUAUCAACUGUUUAAGUCAACUAAAGGAUUAACUUGUUUCAAAUCUGAUGAAUUUAUUAGAAAAAUAUGUGAAAGAAGCCUUUAUCAAUUGAAACCACUUCCUGGAAGGGAAUUUAAUUUUAAGCUUUGCAAAAUUAUUAUCAAACAGGUACUUGAACAAUUUAUAUCAAACUACAAUGGUGAUAAAUAUAAUCAGAUGAAAAGUAGACAAGAAUCACAAUCGAACGAGCUGUUAUGUAAUUUAACCAAUCAACUUCGUCAAAUGAUUGUAAUGCACUUGAAAGCGUUUGAUAUUAAAAAUGGAGGCCGGUAUAAACUAAUUGUUUAUGUAAUACAAACAAAUUGUCCAGAAGGAAAUUCAUCAUUAUCUAGUAUAAUGAUAGCAAGUUGUGGAUUAUUUAACAGAGAAACAGACUAUUAUCUAUCUGAAACUAUAAGAACUAUUUUUGAUUACUCCAUACAACAGAAAUUUGUAAUCGUGAGAACACUUGGAGAAAAUUGUAAACUAAGCCAAAACUUCAAGAAUAAUAAUUAAGCCUGUAGAUAAGCUCGACACUUGCGCUACAUAGCACACUACCUGAGAAUGGUGAUAUUGAAACACUUGUAGUUUUCUUUCACUUGCCAUGAGCUCCUCAUUAAGUAAUGGAUAAAUACGAUAUCCACUAAGCAUGAACCAAUACUUUCUUUAAUGAAAAAUAUAUGAUGCAUACAAUGAUUGAUCGUUUAAUCUCGUUUGAUGUCGUCAAAAUUAAAAUGACAAUUUCAAUACAGGAUUCAGGGGUUUUGGAAAUGUUGGUCAUUUUCAAGUUUGUUCAGUGGUCGAACACGAAUUAUACAAUGAUCCGAGCUAGAGAAUGGAGCAUGUUCACGAGUCAUAUAUAUACCCAUAUCAUUAAUGAAAACGAAGUCCAAAUGAGCAUCCAAACGAAUAGAAAAAUCUACUACAUUUUGGUGACCUAGUGAUGCAAAGAAGAUACAGUCACAUGAACUAAAAUCACCGCAUACAAUUGAAAGUGAACCACUGAAGGCAG